AUGCUUGCUCCCGAACAGCUUAUCGAAUCUGCCGAAAAGGCGCGCCGUGCAAUUGCGAGCGAGACCGCCCGCCUGCGCAGCGAGCUAGAGAAGGUCAGCCUCGACAUCCACGCACACCCGGAACUCUGCUACGAGGAAGUGUUUGCGCACGACACCAUCUGCAAGUUCCUCGAGUCCAACGGCUUCGCGGUCCAGCGCGGCGCGUACGGCAUCCCGACAUGUUUCGAGGCGGAGACCGGCACCGGCGACGAGAUCGUCAUCUUGUGCGCCGAGUAUGAUGCUCUCCCGGGCAUCGGCCACGCCUGUGGGCACAAUCUCAUUGCCCUGUCGAGCAUCACCGGCUUCGUCGCUGCGGCCAAGGCGGCCGUCGAGCUUGGCUUUGCUGGUAGGAUCCGGCUGCUGGGGACGCCCGCCGAGGAGGGCGGUUCCGGCAAGGUCAAGCUGCUCGAAGCCGGCGCGUUCGAGGGUGCCGCUGCGGCACUCAUGUCGCAUCCGACGAGCAUGAACCGCAUCGCCGAGGUGGAGGGUCUCGCAGGCGCGGCCGGUCUCGUGACCAUUGCCGCCUCGAUGGUCAAGACAGAGUUUACAGGCCGCACGGCCCACGCGGGGGCGACGCCGUGGCAGGGCCUCAACGCCCUCGAUGCCGCAGUGAGUGCCUACACCAGCAUUUCGAUGCUCCGGCAGCAGAUCAAGCCCGCGGACCGCAUCCAUGGCGUCAUUACCAAUGGCGGCGUCGCUCCAAAUGUCAUCCCAGACAAGACCAGCAUGGUGUAUGGCAUCCGCAGUAGGUCGGCCGCGGGACUCAACGACUUGGUGCGCAGGGUCAAGAACUGCUUCGAGGCUGCGGCCACUGCCACAGACUGCAAGGUGAAUACCCAAACUGAGCUCUUCUACGCGGACCAAAUCCUCAACCCGACGCUCUGUGGGGCCUUCACCGAAGAGAUGGCCCUGCUGGGUGACAAGUUCCUGCCCAUCGCCAAAGAGACUGUCUCGUCGUCCACCGAUAUGGGCAACGUCUCGCACGCAUUACCGUCCUUCCACUGUUCAUACGGCAUCGAAUCGGGCAGUGCAUCGAACCACACCGCCGGCUUCACGGCCGCCGCAGCGACACCGGAUGCUUUACACCGAGCCGUCAGGGUUGGCAUGGGAUUGGCCAUGUUGACUGUGCGGUUGUUGAUUGAUAGCACAUUCAGGCAAAGCGUGCGGGCGGCGUUUGAAAGCGCCAAGGAGACUUGA